AUGGCAACGGGAACGAUUUCGAACGUCAACCAUGACGGCAUGAUUCAUGAUGUAGCCCUUGACUACUACGGCCGACGGAUGGCGACAUGCUCUUCGGACCGGAAGAUUAAGAUUUUCGAGAUUGAGGGCGAGUCUCAGCGAUUAAUAGAGACACUGAAAGGACACGAGGCAGCGGUGUGGUCGAUCUCGUGGGCGCACCCCAAGUACGGCAGCAUCCUGGCAUCGGCCAGCUACGACGGCAAGGUGUUUAUCUGGCGCGAGCAGGGGGGUGCGUGGCAGCGGCUGUUUGACUUUGCGCUGCACAAGGCGUCCGUCAACCUGGUGUCGUGGUCGCCGCACGAGGCGGGCUGUCUGCUGGCGUGCGCGUCGUCGGACGGGGCGGUGACGGUGCUCGAGUUCAAGGACAACAGCUUUGAGCACACGACCUUCCAGGCGCACGGCCUGGGCGUCAACGGCGUGUCAUGGGCACCGGCGACAUCGGCGGGCAGCCUGAUCUCGAGCAACCCGUCGCCGGCAGCGGCGGGCAACCGGCGCUUCGUCACCGGCGGUAGCGACAACAACCUGCGCAUCUGGGCGUGGGACACCGCCGAGAGCGGCUACGUGGCCGAGGGCGAGCCGCUGACGGGACACACGGACUGGGUGCGCGACGUGGCCUGGAGCCCGACGGUGCUGCAGAAGAGCUACAUUGCCAGCGCCAGCCAGGACAAGACGGUGCGCAUCUGGACGGCAGACUCGCUGGCGCCGGCGACGACCGGCUGGGCCAGCAAGGUGCUCACCUUUGACGAGGCCGUGUGGCGGGUCAACUGGAGCCUGAGCGGCAACGUGCUGGCCGUCAGCACUGCCAAUAACAAGAUCACCAUGUGGAAGGAGAACCUCAAGGGCGAGUGGGAGUGUGUCAAGACGAUGGGGCUGUAA